GGCGGCGUUGUCGUGUUUUAGGUUGACGGGGGAUGACAUCAUUUGGAGAAGUUUUGAUAUGUUUAUGGUAGAUUAACAACGCGGACACAACGGUAUGUUUGACAUUGUAAAACUUUUUCAAAUCAUCAAAAUCCUGACUGCGAAACAGAGAAUAAUUUGUGAGUGAUAGCCCGGUUUUCAAUAAUAUUUUCUGUUAUUACAAUAAUCAAUUUCUGUUAUUUUAUUUAUUUUAUUUUUGUUGAUAAAAAAAAUCAAUUUAUAUUGAUAUUGAUAUAUUCUCUGCCAAGAAAUAAAAAUAAAAAUUGUUUAAAAUUAUUUUUGUGAACAAUAAUUUCAAGUGCUCAAUUUUCACUGCUUCUUUAAUUUUUCGACGACAGUCAAAUGUGUUUUAGUUUUGGGUGUGCUGCUAACACACUAAGUUGCGACCGUUUCAAAUAACACAAUUUGCAAGUAAGUCCAAAUUCCUCAUCACUUGCUAUCCACUGUCGUCGUCACGACCACAUGUGGCAAGUGAAACUGAUACACAAAAAAAAAAUCUCCAGCUAGCACUUUCCCAAUGUACAUAAGGCACACACAGUCGAAGAAUGCAAACCAAAACAAAAAUGCUUCGUUCUGUUAUUGCUGUAUAUAAAAACAAAUGAACAGUCCUGGGCGUUGGAAAGGGAUCGCACACACUUUUUCCCCCUCUCCCUCACACCCUCAUUUGCUGGGGAUGUCCCUUUCCGAGUUCUGUGUUCAAAAUUUUCGAUACGAUCUACGCGCGGCCUAGAACUCCGCUCAGUUUGCGCCUGUACUCUAUCGGCGAUGGAUGGUCCAGAGUUUGAGAUUAGGAUUUGUAGAUUUUGUCUGCGGUCCUCGGCGGAGGAGGAGGAGUUGGUGAACGUUUGUGAGGAUGUGGAGUUGGCGUUCAAGAUCAUGGCGUGUUUGAGUUUGGAGGUCGAUCCCGAGGACGGACUUCCGGCAACGAUCUGCGCCGAGUGUUUGAAGUUGAUGGAGAAGUUGGCGCUGUUCAGGGAUCAGUGUGGAAGGGCGGAGCUGUUGUUGAGGGCCUCGAAGCAUAGUAAGGUGCCGCUGUUGGAAAAGUUUGAGCGGGUGAGAUUUGAUAGUGAGGAGCGACGGGCUGUUGGAGUCGAUGUGGGUGUUCAGGUGGAGGAGUUGGUGUGUGAUGAACCCGUGGCGAGUGAUGCUGGUGGUGUUGAUGAUGUCUUUUCGGUGGAGCAGUUCCGUUUAGAUCUGGAUGACGAAGGUUGGCAACUGGCGGAUGAACCUGACGACGAGCUGUUGGUUGACUUGACGCGGGACUUGUACGGUGAAGAAGAUGCUGGUGGUACUAAGGUUUGUGAAGAUGUGCACAAGAACGAGGAGCAGGUUCAACCUGAAGAGGAGCCAAUCAGCAUUCAGGAGAAUACUGUAUCAAAUUCUGAAAUAUUGGACAUCUCCGACGAAAGUCGAUCGACAAGUCCAAGUCCAAGUGAGCACUCGGAUUCUUCUUCCCUGGACACGUGCAGUUUUGUGUCGAACAAAGAACUUCGCGAACGAAUGGAAGAAAUGCUACUAGCUGACGAUCUUGAGCAAGCUCAAUCUAUCGAUGGAAGCGAAAUGCGUAGUUUGGUGACUGGCUUCGACGUAGACAAUCCACGGAAGUCGCCAUCCUUGGAAAUCUUCGAUCUAACGAGCUCACCAGAACCAGCACGAAUCGACUCUCUUAGGCCAAAGACACCCCAGCCAAGCUUCGCGGAAGCGAUGCGAAUGCUGACAGUAUCUCCCGAAACACCCAGCAAGUCCGCUUCAUCCAAGCAUAACUGGAGCACAAUCCUCAACCGGAACAAGGUAGUUCCACAAACCCCAAGAGCCGAAGACGAUGAAGACCCCCUCGAAUCCCAGCUUCGCCAAAUCGCUGGAAUGCCGGACACCCCCGCUUCCCCCGAUCCGGAAACCCCCGCUUCUCCAGAUCUGGACACCAUAUUCGGCGAGUACGACCCAAUAUCCGACGGCGAAGAUCAACCGCUGGACAUCUACGCAGGAUGCGAACCAAUUUCGGACGAAGACACCGUAGUGGCAGAUCGCAACAUGGCGACGACCCCCAAGAAACCCAUCGCGAUCCCGGAUGAUGCCGCCACCCCGGAGGAGAUCUUCGACUGCGACCUCUGCGACAAGUUCUACCCGAGGUUGACCCUGCUGGAGACGCACUACCGGACGUACCACACGUCGCCACAGAAUCGAAGCGGUGGGGCGAGGAUGUCCAUCGUGAUCGAUAACCCCACACGGAAAUGUCCCAAGUGUGGCGAGAUGGUGCACAAGGCGUCGUUUUGGGCGCACAAGAAGUCGCACAAUGGUGGGGAGCGGCAGCUGAUUAAUUACGAUAGGGCGGAUGUGACGAUUUGAUUUGGAUUGCCUUUUGGAGUUUUGUGCCAUUUAUUGAAAUUUUAAAUUUGCCGGAAGCCACAUUUUAAAUGACGAAGGACAAUUUUCCAUCAAGUUAUUGUAGAUUGUAAGCAAUACAAACGCAUGUUUAGUAUUUAUUUCAAACGUCAAUAUACAUUUUAACUCUU